GCCAGCUCCACGCACCCUGCAGCAGCGCCGAGCCGUGGGUCCUGCAUGCAACAGAGCAGAGCCUUCUCCGACCCUGCGCUCUCCCCCUAGCAGACGCCCGUGCCCUGUACUGCUGCACUCAGCGGCUGAGCUCAGCCGGUUGCAGAGGACCGGGUCCUGCGCUGCCUGGGGCAUCCCCGCUCGUGGCUGGACCCCCGGAGCUUCCUGCACAUGGAGCACCUCGGCCUGGGCUGGGUGCUGCUGGCCGGCACCUUGGCUGGCACCUUGGCCGCCAGAAGCACCCGUGAGCAAGACCUCAGCCCCAUAAAGAAGUUGGCAAUGGGCAUGGCCCAGAACUCCUUCGAUGACCAGUACCGGGGUUGCAGAUACAAGAUGGAGGUUGCGCUGAAGAAACUGCACCACGCGGAAUUCAAAAACCACAUUUAUGCAGACACCUGGAGAAGAGCAGACGAGAGGUGGCGGAAGCAAUGGGGCAACUCCAUCCACCCGCAGGUGCUGCGGAGGGAAUACGCGGUGGCCGUGCUGGCGUACACUGCUAAUACAGGCCUCUACAGCCAGUUCAACGCAGCUGUGCGCGAGGGUGGGCGCUCCCGCGGGUACUACCUCCAAUCCUUCCCCUUCAAGACAAUGCAUUUCCUCCUGACCGAGGCCCUGCACACUCUGCGGAAUGCCCAGGGCCACAGAUGCUACAACGUCUACCGUGGCGUCAAGGGCAUCCACUUUACGGCCCACCGCCACCAGACCGUCCGCUUCGGCCAGUUCGCCUCUGCCUCCCUCCAGAAGAAUGCUGCCCAGAAAUUUGGCCAGGACACCUUCUUCAUUGUGUACACCUGCUACGGUGUCCCCAUCAAGCAUUUCUCCUUUUACCCUACUGAGGAUGAAAUCCUCAUCCCACCCUAUGAGGUCUUCAAGGUCACCAAUGUCAUGAGUUACUUCAGCAGAAGCAUCAUCCAUCUCCGCUCCCAUACCACGCACAGCACCUACAACUGUGCGCUGCUGAAGGGUAAGGGCAGGCAGCAGGGUGAGUGCCCCCGGGAGAUGUCUGGGGACAGGGCACAGCCCUGGGCAGGCGCCGCCAUGCUCCCCGUGCUCCUCCAGCCAUGGCUGCAGAGGAACGGGGGCCCCGUGCCACUGGCUCUGUGAGGGGAAGGGGAGCCUCGUGGUGAAGGCAACACCUCCGUGUGGGGAGCUCAGGGAGGUGAGGAGCUUGGGGAGCUUGGGGAGCCUGGGGAGCUUGAAAUAACGUGGAGCUGCUGUGUGGAGGCAUGGGGGUGUGUAGAGAAGGAGGAGCAGGAGGGCCUGCUGAGGGGUUAGGUUUGGGGUAUAAAAGGGCCGGUCAGUGUUUGUGUGUCCUAUCGUCGCAUUUCUCGCAUUAAAGCUUUUCUCUUUGCACA